AUGGACAAGUCCAGCAACACCGACAGGGUGGUGGUAGAGCGUCCAGAACCCGGUGACCUCCAAGCCUUCCUACCCUGGGCCUGCGGCCAGCUGCAGCUGCCCAAGAAUGUGGUCAUCAUCAGGAACCUGCAGAACGAAUACGUAAGCGCGGUAACCACCGACCGCGGCAAGUCCAAGGGCAAGUCGAAGCCGCGGCUGCCAUCCGUGGUGGACGACCAGGAGAAGGACGAGCACAGCGUCAGCCACCAGGAGGACAACGACCUCAUCCGCAUCCACGCCAUCUACGACUACGCCGACAACCUCGUCGGCCUCCGCUUCGACAAGAGCAACAUCCCCCGCUUGCUCAUGCAGAUCCUCGGCCUCAUCAUCAAGUUCCAAAUCUACCUCACCAGCCUCACCAUCAACCAAGGCCUUAACAAGUACGUCCUUUAUGAAAUCGUCACCUUCCUCCCCAAUUCUAGAAUCACUGAUAUCACCUUGGACAACUGCUUUUUAAGCGAAGGUACUUACUAUACGCUUCUCGAAAACACUUCUUCUUUAAGAAAUCUAUCCUUGUCUAGAUGCAGAAUUAAUGACCAGGCUGUAGCUUUGAUAGCAGCUCAAUUAUAUCAUCCUAAACCUGGAUCUACUACUCUUGUUAUUCUGAAUCUGUCCAGCAAUAGGAUUACAGAUGUCGGUGCGCGAACUAUUAGAGAAGCAUUGAAGAUGAAUACAAAGCUAGCGUAUUUGAAUUUAGCUGACAAUUUCAUUACUGACGAAGGAGCCGCGGCCAUCUUCGAUAUUCUAUUAGAAUACCCGUUAACACCACAGGACGUUAUGGACAUGAAAAGUAGAAAUAUAGAUUAUUUACGAAAGAAGGAAGCCGCGAUAAUACAGAUAGCGAAAGAUUUACGAGUAACGGAUAUGGUUAAAGGCAAAGGCAAGCCGAUGCCGCGGAACGUGAUAAAAGCGAAAGGAAAAGACGAUAUAACUAGUGAAAAGAGCGCCUGUUACAAUGACGCGUACUUCUAUGAGAAGGCAAGAGCUAUGGCAGAGAGUCUUACGCCUUCUAAUGAUCCGUACAGUUCUGAGAAUGUAACUUACCGGGACGGUGUUACUUAUAGUUUGGGGAACAACACUCUAUGUCUCCUGAACUUGUCGUACAACGGCUUGAGUUACCCGAGCGCGGUGAAGCUGCUGGAGGUGCUGGUGUACCAGCGGGACGUGGACAGGAAGCCGCGGGGGCUGCUGAGCUGCCGGGUGGAGGGGAACCCGCUGCCCGUCGGGUGCAGGGAGAUGGUGCAGGUCGAGGAGAUGCUGGAGUACGCGCUCUCGGGCCCCGGCAAGCGGACUGCGGCGCCCAUCAAGAAGAAAGGGAAAUAA